UCCUCAUCGAUACUGGAAAACUACGGAACAGAAACUCAGCAAGAGGGAUCCGGCAAAUAUCUUAAAUCAUUCACAUCCCAAUAAUCAACAUAACAGCAUGAUGAAUACGUUGAGAUUAGUAGCCAGGAAGAAUUUCCAUCAGCUCCGAAACUUCCAUAAAGGAGCUGUUUAUGGUCAGACAGCAGAAGCUGCUGUGUCUCCAGUUGAAAAAAUGACUCCUCCUCCACCUGAGGGAAGUGACAAGCCUGUCAGUCAGAAAAUCGAAAAACUAGUCCAAGAUAUCACGGCGCUCAAUCUUAUUGAAGUGGCCGAGCUCAGUGAUGUUCUUAAAAAGAGACUGAAUCUUCCUGAUGCCCCUGUUAUGCCUAUGGGUGGAAUGAUUAUGGCUAAGCCAGAGGAAGAGGAAGCAGCUCCUCAGCAAAAGCAGUCAUCAUUCACCGUGAAGCUAACAGGAUUUGAUGAGAAACAAAAAGUUCCUCUAAUUAAGGAAAUCAAGACUCUUGUGCCUGGAAUGAAUCUCGUCCAGGCUAAGAAAUUCGUGGAAAGUGUUCCAACAAUUGUCAAAUCUGACAUAGACAAAGAGGAAGCUGACAAAUUAAAAGAAGCAAUAACCAGAGUUGGUGGAGUAAUUGAGAUAUCGUAAAGAAUCCAGUGAAAAAUUGUUAUCAAAAAGGUUCCACUUUGUCUUUAGUUUUGUAAGGGAGAAUAAGAAAAUGUUUUCGUCAA